CGAAUACAAGCUUUAAGGUAAGCUCAAUUGUCUUUCCGAUGAGAUAUCUGAAAGCCAUAAAACAUUUCUAGAAUGUUUAUACAUAAUCUGUUUUGAGUUGUCAAUCUCAAGGAUCAUACAGUUGUUUUGCAAUCUGAAGACAUUUUGGAGUGGUCAUAGUAAUGAAUAAUGGCGACCAUAUAAAGACGAUGUUGAUGAAAACAAUAAUCUUGAAGUGGUUAGCUAGACGGCAUAAAAGACGCGCAUCCAAAACAAAUUGCCAGAUGAAUAUCAAGAAACGCCACUGAAACUAAAAACCAACUACAAGAAAUUGAACGAUAAUUUUGCACCAGAAUGUUUCCAGAAAAAGUUUUAAGCGAAAAGAAGGAGACUCCGGGUGUCUUUGUUACGCAGAUGUCCCCUGAAGCGACAGAGACGACAUCUAAGGGUGGACUGACAAAGAAACAUGUACUGAUUGCCAUAACAACUGUGCUGGUUACACUUCUGAUCGUUGGUGGAAUUGUAGCCGUUACUCAUGAGAUGAAAGAACGCGACGUAGAAUUCAUUAAGAGCUUCAAAUUUCGAGAUACAAAUGGCAAAGACAACGAGGAAACAGUGAAUGUUAACGUAAAGGAAAGCACCACAGAAAUGAAAGUAACUACUGAAGGAGAAGAUGACUUCUCGCUACUCAAUGAUUUUAAGAGAGGCAUCUCAGUUUUCAAGAUGACGAUAGAUGGCGAGCCUAGAUGUGCAGUGACACCUAUGAAUAAGACGGCGACUCUUUCCCCUGAAACAUUAGAGGCCUACUUGGAAACACAUCCACACCCUGAAAUGGUUGAUGAGAGAAGCGUUAGUCAUGUAAAAUACGAGAUGGCCGAGGAGAACAUCGAGGACACUGAUUUCCUUGGAUUCCGUAUCAACACAAUGUGUGAGGGACAUGCCAUUUAUUGGUUGUACCCAAAAACGGAGGACGAAGAAAUGAAAAAUGUCACAUCACAAGAUGGCCGAAAGAAGAGAGCUGCUGGUUGGCCCGCUGAUCUCUGCGGAGCUACACUAUUGCGGAAAUUCGGAAUUGUCGGAGGCAAGUACUUGUGUAGAAAAUACACUGAUCUUGCAAACACAUGUCGUGUGGAUUGCUGCCGUGAUAUAUACUCAAAGACAGUCAUAGAAGGUGGUAAAGUGGUCGUCUACUGGUUUGGAACGCAGCCAUGUUAUAUAUACACUUAUUACCCUUGCAUCAGUUGUCUAUACUAACGAGUAUUAGUAGAGUAUAUAAGUUCAUGGAUUUGAACUUGUGGCACAAUAAUUAAAGAUGGUUGGAGGUUAUCAAAAUAAUUUGAAUUAUGUACGCAUUUGACUUUGUGUUUUUAUAAACAAUAAGUACAGACAAUUUUCAUGUUAAAAAGUUUCGCACUAUGUAAGAUAUAAGAUGUUUGAUCUGAAAAUUAAUAUCUUAAAGGAUUUUAUAAUCUCGACAUUGAUAUUGUGCAUUUUAUGUAUAUUUGAUAGUAUGUAUAUUGGAGUUUAAUCCUCAUAUUGAGACUUGUACCCAUAUAAUAUGAAUAUAUAAUCCUUAUAUUGAGACGUGUACCCAUGUAAUAUAAAUAUAAUCCAUAUAUUGAGACGUGUACCCAUGUACUAUAAUCCAUAUAUUGAGACUUGUACCCACAUAAUAUGAAUAUAAUCCUUAUAUUGAGACUUGUACCCAUAUAAUAUGAAUAUAAUCCUUAUAUUGAGACUCGUACCUAUAUAAUAUGAAUAUGACUUUUAGUUUUAGAAACAGUCUGAAUCUAUGACAGAAUAUUUUCCUGAUUUUCCUCUCUCAUUAGCAUAAUUAAUGGUGUAGAAUAUACGAUUUUAAACUAUUAACGUGUAAUGUGUAAGAAUAUCAUAUAUUUAUAUAAAUGGUGUAUUAUCAAAUAUAAGUGUAGUUAUAUUAAAAGUUGAUCUCUUGAAUAAAAUGUACACAUCUAAAAUGUGGACCUGUAUAUAGCAGCCAGUCCUAUAUAAUAAUAAAUGUCACUGUGGAUCUCAGUAUUUCUUUGAAUUACUCUUGGUAUUACUCUUUUUGAGAAAGAAUGCGUGAGGAGGAAUGAGACAAAGGCAUACAAAUAUGAUCACAUGUUAUCAAAAGUAAAUGUAAAUAAAUGUAUAUAAGCUGAUUCUAUUUGAUCUUAAAUGGAACCAUGGAAGGAAAAUGAAAGGAAUCGCCUUAAAUUCCAGUUAUUUUUUUGCUUAGU